ACAGGUCCGCCCGGUCUGCUCAUGCGCUGCUUUUACUGGCGACACACCUGCCGGCCUGGGUGGAGCUGAGACAGGUGGACGCUCCUUAACCCAGGGGAGACACCUCCAGUAACAGAGAGGGAGCUGGAAGUAACACAACCAGACUCAGAUUACACCAAACGGGUCCCAACCGUCUCCCAAGAUGUCCAAGAAAAAGGAAGCAAGCUCUGUGAAGUUGACCAGGACUCAGGCCACGGAUCUGGCUGUGCUGAUCAGCCGCAUGCAGCAGAACGCCGAUCAGGUGGAGAAGAACGUUCUGGAAGCUGACCGCCUGCUGGCUUUGGACAACGAGCGAGAAGAGAGGGCCGAGGAGCUGGUCCACCAGACAAAGAACGCUGACAACCUGGCACAGGCCGAAGGCCUUCUGAAGGACCUUUUCCUGGAUGUGGACAAAGCCAAGAAGCUGAAGCACCCGCAGGCCAGUGAGAUAGAGAGAGAUGUCAAAAAUCUGCACGACCGCUGGGCCCAGAGCUGUGCCACCUACAGGGAGCUGUACGACCAGGUGAAGGACCUGGCAUCCAGUCAGAAAAUCGACUGGGGCCCUCUCCUGGACAAAAAGCUGGUCCAGCUGAAGGGCGAGUACGGCCCCAGCCUGCCGGACGUGGAGAAGCAGAUCGCCGAGCACAACAUCCUGCACCAGGAGAUCGAGGCCUACAGCGGGCAGCUGCAGCCCGGCACCACCAGCUCAAAGGAGCAGUACGACACCCUCAAAGACAAAUAUGCCGACCUUUUCGAGAGCUCCCAGCGCCGGGGCCACCACCUGGCCUCUCUGUACGAGUACAUGCAGAGCUGCAGCAAGGAGCUGGUCUACCUGUCGGGCCAGCAGGAGAGGAUCCUCAGCAGGGACUACAGCGACCGCAUGGCCGACCCCCCGGGCGUGCGCAUCGAGUACGAGAACUUCAAAAGCAACGGCCUGCUCGCACAUGAGCGGGAGGUCAACCUGCUGCAGGAGGAGGGAGACCGUCUCGUGGCUUUGAAACAUCCCGGCACCCCGACAGUAGAGGCACACAGGGAUGCAGUGCAGGGUGAGUGGCAAGCCUUCCUCAACCUGUGUAUUGCACAGGAAGCACAUUUGGACAACAUUGACAGCUACAGGAAGAUGCGUUAUGCAAUUCAGUUCCAGCUGGAUGCAGAGACCUUGUCAGAGUCCCUGGAGAGGCUCACAUCCACCAUGGACCCCAAAUCCCUGACCAACAAGAGCAACUCGGAGGCCCUGCUGGAUCUAGAGGGGGAUGAGCCGGCCGUGAGGAGGAACGAGCAGAGGCUGGCCGCCCUCAGGGAGAGCGUGAGCGACGUCGUGCCGCUCAAAUUGCGCAGAAUCCUGCCCGCCGAGCCCACCACCGCGGUGGCGCUGUGUGACUGGGCGGAUGAAGACGACACGGUGAGACGUGGCGACACGCUAAAACUGAAAUCCAACUCCAACAACGUGAACUGGGAGCUUCGUACAAGCAGCGGAAAGAUCAAAACCCUCCCGGGGGCGUGCUUCAUGGUCCCCCCGCCUGAUUCUGAGGCCCUGGAGACGGUCAACAGCUUGGACAGAAAGCUGAGAGACCUAAAGCACCGCAGAGCUACACUGAUGACCUCACUGAAGACCCCCAGGGUGGAGGUGGUUCAUUCUGUGAAUGCAGCUCCGGUGAACAGCGCCCCGGAGGACAGCAAAGCUGCAGAGCUCAACAACAAAUUAGACAACAUCAACAAAGCCCUGGAUCAGAGUGAGAAAGAAAUCCUGAACAGGCUGAGGACCCCUCUGGAGAAGCGCAAUCCCACCCAAGACCUGGCCAACAGGGUGCAGGAACAUAAUAAAUCUGGACUGACCGUCAGGAAGCUGGAGUCUGAGAAGUCUGCCGUGCAAAGAGAGAUGGAUCCUCUUUUGUCCAAAAAGCCCCUGAGCCCCACAGCGGCCAGCCUCCCCAGUAAACUCUCUGCUGCCAACAACAAGAUCAAUGACAUCAACCAACUCAUUGAUCUUUAUGAUAAAAAAGCCACAGCGUCCAUGUUCCUGGAGAAACAGAUAGGCAAAGUGGAUGGUGUUGUUUCUGGCUUUGAGGAGCAGCUAGCUAAAGACAGAGUCAUCCUUGAUGAAACAAACACUCUUCAGAGCCGCACCCAGAAGUUGCAGGUGUUGUGUUUUGGCAUGCUAAGGGACAGCACCUCACAGAGGGGUGAGCUGACUAAAUUAGGCAAAGAUCUGGACCUGGCAAAGCAAGCGGGCAGCACCCUGCAGCAGACCUUCAACGAGUUCUGCCCUGACAUCCGCCGCCAGGAAAACCAGGUGAAACAGCUGAAAAACCGCUACACAAACGUUAACAACCAGCUGCAGGAAAGGUCAGCUCUCCUGCAGAAAGCAAGCAGUAAGACUCAGGACUUCCAGAACGCUGUUCAGUCACUGGACUUUUUCUUGAUAAAUUUGCCAAACAACACGAGCAAACCCACAGACGACAUGGCCCAGAUAAGAGCCAAGCAGAACUCCCAGGAGAAAGUGGUGGAAGACAUCAAGAAGAAAUCUGGUGAUUUGGACCGAAUCAAGGAUCUGUCCCGGGACCUACAGGGGGUUUUAUAUGAUUAUGAAGUGAACUCAAACACCUACCGUGGCACCCUGAAUCUUUAUGAUAAGGACCAGGGUGACAGUGACGAUGAAACAGAUUUAAAGGAACACCAAACCUCUACUCUGGCGCAAAGUGUGGCGAGAACGGAGCAAGAUAUUCUGAACCUCUUCUCCGAGGUGUCUGCAGAGAACAGACAGAGGCUCAGUCAGCUGGAAACAGCGGAGAGCAUUAUGGCGAGGAAUGAAGACAAAGUCAGUCAGGUGGUUGUCAGUCAGCAACUGCAGCUGCAGAGCCAGAGGAAGGACCUGGAGCAAACCGACAGCAUGAAAAGAGAGCUAACUGAGGAGGUUGCCAGGCGGGCGCAUGCAGAGAAAGACCUGGAAACCUACCGUAACCGCUUUAUGUCUCUAAAGAGCAGGAGAGGGGUAGAGAGGCUGGAGGAAAAGGAGGUGGUGCAGUAUUACCGUGACCCCAGACUGGAGAAGGACCUCCAGUCUCUGAAAAGGAACAUUCAAGAUGAGGGAUUGAAACGGUCAAGAACCCAGUCUGAGAUCGAGGAGUUCAACGAGAAGAUCAGGAAGGUGACUUUAGAGCUGACCAAAACUGAACCCAAAAUGGUGACCAAAGUGCUGACUGAAUAUGAGAGAGACCCUCAGCUCGACAAAGAGGCGGCUAAGAUCCGAGAUGAGAUGCAGAGGAUACGCCUGGAGCUCCAAACGAGAGACACAGAGGCCAUACAUGUCAAAACGGAACUCACAACCCUUAGUCAGCAAAAGCCAAAAAUCAGAGAGAGGAUCGUCAAAAAGGAGGAACUCAGAGUGGAAAAGGAUCCAGAGAUGCUGAAGGCUGUUCUAAUGUUUCAGACAGAUAUAGCAGAGGAGGAAAUCCAGUGCAAGACACUUAACGAUAGUAUUUUCAGCAUACGGAGCCAGAUAAACACUUUGGAGAGGGUCAUCCCCACCAUCCAGCCCAAGAUUGUCACCAAGGUGGUGAAGCAAGUACAGCAAGAUCAGGAAAUGGUUGAGGAGUCAAACAGGCUAAGAAUGGGCCUGGAAGAGGAGAAGGAUGAGAAUGUUAUCCUGAUGAAGGACCUGACCACUCUUCAGCUGCGUUAUGACGAACUGGAGAAGCUCAGGCCCAAAGUUGAGGUCAAGGAGAUCAUCAAUGAGAUUUACAGAGUCGACCCUGAGACGGAGUUAGAGCUGGUGCGUCUAAAGAAAGUGCUCCAGGAUAAAGGCCGGGACCGAACCAACCUGGAGAAAGAGAUCGACACGGUGAUGGUAGCUCUGACUACCCAGCGCUCUCAGAAGCCCAAAGUAGAGUACAAAGAUGUGACGCAAGAGGUGAUCAAAGAAGAGAAGAGCCCAGAGGUCAUCAGGGAAUUGCAAAGGCUUAACAACCAAGUCGCCCGCCUGCAAGGCAACUACGACACCACCCUCGAGCUGGUCACCCGCCUGCGUAAGGAACGGGACCAGCUGAAAGCCGAAAAAUCCAUAGUGGAGACGAAGCUUGUGUCAAAGGAGGUCAUCAAGUACGAGAACGACCCUCUCCUGGAGAAAGAGGCCGACAGGCUUCGAAGGGACUUGAGAGAAGAGAUUCAGCAGCGUCGCAGCGUGGAAGAGUUUCUCUUUGAGCUCCAGAACAAGUACUUAACACUUGAGAGGCAGAGGCCCGAGGAGAAGAUCAUAAUGCAGGAGGUUGUGCAUGUUCAGAAGGACCCCAAGCAGAUCUUAGAGCACGAUCAGUUGAACAGGACCUUGGACGAUGAAAUGAAAGCACGCAGAAAACUGGAACUAGAGGUCAGACAGCUCAGAGCUCUGGUUCAAGAGAAAGAGACCAGUCUGGCUCAGAUGGACGACCGCCAAAAGAAGAUCCAAGUGGAGUCGGAGCUCAGGCAGAUCAAAUCUCGUAUUCUAGAGCUGGAGAACUCCCCAGCACCUGUUGAGGAAAAAAUCAUCAUCGAGGAGGUCCUGAAGGUGGAGAGGGACCCGAAGCUUGAAAAGCUCACUGAUGACAUACGCGCCAAUUUGGAGGCUGAAGUCAACAGCGUCAGCAGUCUAGAGAGUAAAGUUCGAAACCUCACGCUGAAGCUGGAAAUUCUGCAAAAAGAGAAGUCAGUUGAGAAGGUUAUUUACCGAGAAGUGGUUCGCAUAGAGAAAGACCCUGCGGUCGAAUCUGAGAGGGAACAUCUAAGAGAUCUAGUUGCCCAUGAGAAGAAUCUCAGAUUAAACCAGGAGGACGACAUCCAGAGCAUAAAAAUGAAGAUGAAUAAUCUGCAGACAUCAAAGUCCAUAACUUCUCAGGAGGAGUACACUUUCAUCUCAAACAGAGACGCUCUGCAAAGGGAGAAGGACGAUCUCCUGAAGCAACUCAAAACCCUGGAUUCCGAAAAACAAAGCAUCACGAUAACCUUCCAACAACAGUCCAAGCUGAUGAGUGAGAGGAGCCAGCUGGCCCGUCAGAGAAGCCUCAAGACGUCCACAGAGGUCCAGCAGCUGGAGAGAGACAUCCUGAAUGAAAAGGACAGAAUCCACCAGAAAGACACGCUCAUCGCCGAGCUGCAGAAAAGCAUUCAGACGGAGGAGCACUCCGAAACGCACACCAGGGAGACGAAUCUCUCAACCAAGAUCACCAUCCUGGACCCGGACACCGGUAAAGACAUGUCUCCCUACGAUGCCUACUUGCUAGGACUAAUCGAUCGAAACAAUUACCUUCAGCUGUCGCAGCUGGAGUGCGACUGGGAGGAGAUCACCUCAACCGGUCCAGACGGGGACGUCACGGUCUUGCAAGACCGAAAAAGCGGGAAGCAGUACUCGGUCAAGGAUGCUCUGAAGGCGGGCACCCUGACCCAGUAUGACGUGGAUCGCUACAAGCAAGGAAAGAUUCCCAUCUCCGAGUUUGCCCUCCUCGUGGCAGGGGAGGUCAAAAAGCCUUACAUUCCCUCACCCAGAUCUCCCACCAAGGCCACCCCGACCUCUCCCUUGAAAUCAAUGCCCACGCCCCUGCGGUCCUCCAGAGGCAGCCUGAACUCUUACAACAGUGGCAGUUUGAACAGCCUCCACGUGGUAACCAACGACGAGCACUUCCCGAUCUCGGGCAUAUUCGACACCACCACUGAGAGCCGCAUGUCCGUGAGAAGUGCGCACACGCGCAAACUCAUCGACGGCGAGACAGCCCUGAGGCUCCUAGAGGCGCAAGCCGCCUCCGGAGGUAUUGUUGAUCUGGGCAGAAAGGACAAGCUGUCCGUCCACAAGGCCGUCGAGCACAACCUCAUCGAUUCGAGUCAAAUGCACAAGCUCCUGAACGCCCAGAAGGCCUUCACCGGGGUUGAGGACCCCAUUACCAGAGAGCGUCUUGCAGUAGGUCAGGCAGCCCAGAAAGGGUACAUCCCGCAGGAGAACGCCAGGAGGUACAUCGAGGUGCAGUACCUGACCGGUGGACUGGUGGAUCCCAGUAAAGCAGGCCGCCAGACCGUCCAGGAGGCUCUGGCCCACAAUUUGAUCGACGGCCCCAUGGCGAGCCACCUGCAGGACGAGGCCUUCCACACCAAAGAGCUGCUCGACCCCCUCACCCAACAGAUGAUAUCUUACAAGGAGGCCAUGGAUCGCUGUCGGAGGGACGUGUCCACCGGACUCCUGCUGCUGCCCGCAGCCUCCACUGACCCCGAUAACGCCCCGUCGUACUCCAACUUCCGCUUCAGUUCCUGAACGAUACAUUUUCGAAACAACCUCCACCGCUCUGUAGCACUGCAGCUGAUGUGAACCGCAAAAAAACAAACAAAAAAAAACACUGAAAACCGUUUGUAUCCUUACACAUGUAUUUUGAGAACUUGAAUACUUUAUUUUUGUGGGGGGUGGAAAGGUAAAAAAUUGAUGUGUUUACUUAAGUACUUCCUUUCAUCUGCUGUUAAAAAAAAAAGACUUAAAAAUGGGAAAAGAGAAAAAGGGAAUUUUUUUUUUCAUGGUAAACUGUUUUUCUCAGAACUGUGAAGUUAAAUCAAUGAAGUAUAUAUUAAACAUAUGAAAAGCUUCACAGGACUUUGUCCGCCUCUUUUAUUCAGAAUAUGUUUGUGAGUCAAAUGCUGAAUACCAUCUACGCUUCAGGCAGAAAACGGCGCCA